UACGCCGCACUUGUAGCGUCGAUCGUCGCCGUAGAACCACCGUAGCAGUAACAAUGUCUUUCGGAAUCUGUGAACUCUCCCGCCUAGCGCUUUGGUGCGCGGUGGUAGCGUUUUUCGCUAACUGCGUAAACGGUGCGCCGGCGCAACUGUGUACUGCAGCAGCUGAAAACGACCCAAGGGCUGCGCGCUUCUGUCAGGCACUUAACACGUUCUUGGAGUUAUAUGCCGAGGCAGCAGGCGAACAAGUGCCUGAAUACCAAGCCCUAGUUCGUGACUACCCUCAACUGUUGGACUCCGGCAUGAAGAGGCAAGACGUCGUCCACUCCUUCCUUCGUUUUGGCCGCAGGCGCUGACGGUCAUCGCUGCGACGUAAACGCGCUUAAACCGACCCCGAAACGCAAUGCUAAAUUAUAACCCUUUAUUAUUUGUCCAAAACAUUAUGUAAGUUAGUCAUACAUUCAUCAUUUAUAAUGCUAACGUCGCCAAGAACAGACGUCUCUCUCCUUGUAGAUUAAUAAAUGUACUUAUUGUUCCAAGUAUUAUAGAUUUAAGUAAAUUGUUGGCAUUUAUGUCGCGUUUCAUUUGAUAUGCAUUAUAUUUAAUGUUUUAAAUAAAUACUUAUAUGUGAA